UUAAGGAUCCCUGCCAGGUGGGUGCUGUAUAACUUGAUGAGACAUGCUGCAGUUAUUCUCUGGCUUGUUAUCAAACCCUUUCUUCCUUUCUCUGAAAGUCACUCCCCCCUCCGACGUAGAGAAGCUCGAUUGCUUUCCUUUAGCUUGUCCCUACCCAGCAUGUUUGGCACGAGUAGUACAGAGCACUCGCUAUAUCUGCAGCAACUCCAGGUCCCUGAGCCUCCGCUCCACAUAAUGCCGCCCUCCAUUCCCCGAGUUCUACUCGCUGCGCUACUGCUCUCUGCUCUCUCCUGGGCCUCAGGAGGAAAAGGGAUUGAGCAAACACCAUAUAACGUGAUUGUGAAGAGAGGAGCCCCCGUCACAAUCCACUGUACUGCCCAAGAUGGAGUCAAUCUUACUGAAGUGUCAGACAUCAAUCAUCAAAAUCGGCUCCUAAACUUGACUCAACGGGGCUUCUCCUUUGAUGAACAAAAGAUAGAUGUUUCUGGCACAUGUAAUAAGUUCCAAAUUAAUAUCAAGAAUGCGCAAGACGACAAUAUCAUGUAUUAUUGCUGGGGAGUGAUGAUGAAAGAUGGGAGGAAGGUGGACGUCAGAGGUGGAGGAACGCAAAUCAAUUUUAGUCCAGAGGGAUCCAGCGCUUCCCAUGGGAUACUGAUUGAGAUCAUUGUGGCUGCCCUUUGUGUACUGUAUUGUCUGAAGACACUGGGAAGCUGUACCUAGAUGGAAUGGCUAUCUACAAACCAGGACCUGCCACAGAACACCACAGCCCUUGGCAACCUGUCUGCAGGUCUACAAUGAACAGUCCUAACAAAGACUAGACAAGAUGUAAUGUGUGUUGCUCCGCUCCCUCCCAAUCAGCUCCCAAUCAUCCUGGUUUGUUCUUGUAUAAUAAGUUCUAUUUACAUUUCCUUCUGUCUGUACUGCACAAAUGCCGGCUACAGUAUAAUAAGAAGUCUCACCAAGUGAGGACCAGUUGGAAGUCUUUUUUGUACCCUUUUUUGAAAUUUGUACGUAAUUGACAAAUGUUUCCAACUGCAGCUUAGUAUGUAACAUUUUUAGUCUUAUUAGUUUUAUUAAUAAAGGUAAUAUUGUUUUGCAGUAUAGUAUCCUGCUGAGCUUGCGGUUUUGCUCGGUACACAACUUCAUUAUUUGUUAUUGGACUUGAACUGUGGAUUUUUUAUGGAUUUCUAAUGAAUUAAUUUUUUUUUACUAAUUAUGCACAAUUUUAAUGCACUUUUUACUCUAUGAUGAGAGAUGCAUUAACCUAUGUUUUAGUAUAUUAACCUAUGGUGUUUAUGUAAAUAUGUUUGUGUAUAAAUGUGUUCAAAUUGGCAUCACUUCCACUGAUCUGGGUUGUUUUGCCCAGAAACGUUGCACUUCCGCAAUAAAAUUUGCAAGGGCUCGCCCUGCUUGUAAUUGCUCA